UGGGGGUGACAAGAGGAUGAGAGGGCUGGAUGGAUAUGAGUUUGAGCAAACUCCGGGAGCUGGUGAAGGGCAGGGAAGCCUGGCCGUUCUGCUGCACCCCCACUUUGGCCCCUGUCUCAUGGGCGUGCCCGCCGCCAAGAAAGCGACCCAGGAAAGCCUGUUUAGAAGCUCCCUUCCCCCUGAGGCCCUAGGACUUUAAGAGGAUUCGAGCGGGAGGGGGAACCCACCCCCCAGGUCUCGCCGCUCGGUGGGCGGAACACAGAGCGCACGGGGCAAGGUCCCGCGCACGGGGCAAGGUCCCGCGCUCCGGGCCGCGCUCCGCCAUGGCGCCCACAGCGCAGAGGAGACGCGCGGCGCACGCCGUCAGGGACUCUUUAAAUCUGUUGCUCAUCAUGGGUUUGCUUCUGAAGACUUGCGAAUUAAAAUCAGCAAAUACGUCUAAACCAAAUAUUCUGCUGAUAAUGGCGGACGAUCUGGGCAUUGGGGAUCUCGGUUGCUAUGGAAACAACACACUAAGGACACCAAACAUCGACCGACUUGCGGAGGAAGGCGUGAGGCUCACCCAGCACCUGGCGGCCGCCCCCCUGUGCACCCCAAGCAGGGCUGCCUUCCUCACGGGGAGACACGCCUUCAGAUCAGGCAUGGACGCCACGGGUCGCUACCGGGCCCUGCAGUGGAACGCGGGUUCGGGGGGACUCCCGCAGAAUGAAACCACGUUUGCGAGGAUCCUUCAGGGGCAAGGGUACACCACGGGCCUCAUCGGAAAAUGGCAUCAGGGUGUCAACUGUGCCUCACGCAACGACCACUGCCAUCACCCCCUGCGCCACGGCUUUGACUAUUUCUACGGCAUGCCCUUCACGCUGGUCAGUGACUGCCACCCAGACAGGCCCCCGUCGCUGGACGCGGGCUUGAGGGCCAGGCUGUGGCUUUACACCCAGAUCAUGGCCCUGGGCGUGUUGACCAUCGUGGCCGGCAAAGCCUGCAGGCUGAUCUCUGUUUCCUGGAAACUGGUCUUGGGUGUGGCUGCCCUGGUCCUGCUGUUUUUCACGUCCUGGUAUGCCAGCUUUGGCUUCGUCCGCCGCUGGAACUGCCUCCUGAUGAGAAACCACGAAGUCACUGAGCAGCCCAUGGUUUUGGAAAGAGCUGCGAGCCUCAUGCUCAAGGAAGCUGUUUCCUUUAUUGCAAGAAAUAAGCAUGGUCCAUUCCUGCUCUUUGUGUCUCUGCUGCAUGUCCAUAUCCCCCUGGUAACCACAGAAAGGUUCCUUGGGAAAAGUCGGCAUGGCUUGUACGGCGACAACGUGGAGGAGAUGGACUGGCUUGUGGGGGAGAUUCUGAACGCCGUUGAAGAACACGGUCUGAAAAACACGACUCUCACGUACUUCACCUCUGAUCACGGGGGACACUUGGAGGCGAGAGAUGGACACGUCCAACUGGGCGGGUGGAAUGGAAUAUACAGAGGUGGCAAAGGCAUGGCCGGCUGGGAAGGCGGGAUCCGGGUCCCAGGGAUGUUCCGGUGGCCCGGGGUCCUGCCGGCUGGCCACGUGAUCCACGAGCCCACCAGCCUGAUGGACGUCUUCCCCACCUUGGUCCAGCUGGCAGGCAGCCAGGUACCCCAGGACAGGGUCAUCGACGGCCGGAGCCUGCUGCCCCUGCUGCGGGGAGAUGCUGAACACUCGGCACAUGAGUUCCUGUUUCAUUACUGUGGGAAGUAUCUCCACGCUGCCCGCUGGCACGAGAAGGACAGCGGAAGGCUCUGGAAGGUCCAUUACACCACGCCCCACUUCCACCCCGAGGGCGCAGGGGCCUGCCACGGCCGCAACGUGUGCCCCUGCUCAGGAGCCGGCGUGACCCACCACGACCCUCCCCUGCUCUUCGACCUGUCCGGGGACCCGUCCGAGGCCCGGCCCCUGUCGCCCGACGGCGGGCCCCUGUACCGCGAGGUGGUGGCCCGCGUGGGCCGGGCGGUCCGGGAGCACCGCCGGUCGGUGCGCCCGGUGCCUGAGCAGCUCUCCUUCCAGAACGUGGCCUGGAAGCCAUGGCUGCAGCCCUGCUGCGGGCCCUUCCCGUUCUGCACAUGCUCCCGGGACGCAGACCCCGGGGAGACCUGACCUCGCCGCUCCCCAAGUUACAGCACGGGGGUGGGCGAGGAGGCAGCGAGAACGGGACACUUGUGUGCUGUCGGGAAUGGAGAACUGCAGCAGCCGCUGUGGGCAACGGGGUGGACGGUCCUCCAGCCAAACCAAAAAAUGGAACGACCCUAGGAUGCAGCAAUGCCAGCCCUGCGUGUGUGUGUGUGUGUGUGCGCGCGCGUGUGUGUGUGUGUCUUGCUCAGUCAUGUCCAACUCGGUGCGACCCCAUGGACUGCAGCCCUCCAGGCUGCUCUGUCCAUGGGAUUCUCCAGACAAGGAUA